UGGUAAUUGUGAUAUAUUACAUAUAUAUGGUUGAGUUUUCCUUAGCAAAUUCCCCCCAAAUAUAAGAACAGUACAUAAUGCUGACAAAUGAUUUCGUAUGAGCGGCGAAAAUGGUGGAGAGAUUUUUCUCGACGGACAGGACAAAAUUCGAGCUUCCGGGUCAAUCCGACCCGAUUACUCUCCUCUCCGGCCCGCCUUCCUCUGGUAAAACCUCACUGCUUUUCCAGUUCGCAUUAAACAGUGCAGCGGAGAGCAAUGGCGCCGUCGUUAUUCUUUGCAGCAGACAAACCCUAGAAACCAGACCUCCUUUCCUCUCUAAGGGCGUUGAUCCAUCUUCCGAUUUAUUCCGACGAAUUCAAAUCAAGUAUGUGGAUGAUGAUGAAGGGAUCAAGAAUUAUUUUGCUGCAUUCCACUUGCACGAUAUGUUUCCUGCUUCGGUUAUUAUCCACGAUUUCCCCGAUUUUUUCGACCAAAGGAAUUGGCAGGAGAGAUAUAACAACCAACGAGGACGAGACUUGGCAAUGGUCCGAGUUUUAGCACUUUGUCGAAACGCCAUCGAACACGCCAAUAAAAGGAGUCGUUGCGAACUUGUAUUGUCGGACACUCACAAAGGUGAUGCCACGAGGCUGCUCUAUAUUUACAAGAGAUGGAUUCCCUGCAUUUACACUACUAUUAAAGAAAGGGAUGGUUCGGGAUCGUUUAUUCUUAAGAAAAGAAGUUCGGAUAAGAAAACGAGAUCGGCCAAGUACUCCAUAGCACUUCAAUAUCUGGUACUAGAGGGUAUUGUUGAAAAUUAACUGAAUUUCUGAAAUUUCUCCUUUUUUUUUUUAAUAUAAGGACUUUUUUAGCAUAUCAAAAUAUUAUUGGGGUCUUAUUGCAAUUUACUGUGAAUAUAAUCUGAAUUCGAACCAUAAUUCGAUUGUUGACUGUUGCCGAUGGUUAAA